AAAAUAUUAAAUCUGAGGUGUUUUUAGUCCUUAGUUGAGAAGUGUUUAGAAUUAUUGGAAGAAAGGCUCCAUCUUUCUCUGGUUCUGUUGUUGCCUAAGAAUGGGAGGAAAUUCCAGUUUCAGGGAUGAAUAUACCUUCGAACAAAGGCUUGGAGAAUCGCGGGAUAUUGUGGCCAAAUACCCCGAUCGAGUCCCCGUGAUUGUGGAAAGAUAUGCGAAAUGCGAUCUGCCUGAGUUGGAGAAGAAAAAAUACCUUGUUCCUCGAGACUUGUCUGUUGGGCAUUUCAUUCAUAUUUUGAGUUCCAGACUGAGUCUGCCCCCUGGAAAAGCUCUCUUUGUAUUUGUGAAGAAUACUUUGCCUCAAACUGCUAAUAUGAUGGACUCUGUGUAUAGAUCAUUCAAGGAUGAGGAUGGAUUUCUUUACAUGUAUUAUAGCACCGAGAAAACCUUCGGUUCGUACAUUAUGUAAACUGUUAAACUCUGUACACUAUUGUAUCCAACACCUUGUGAAGUGACUACCAUCAUGAGACCUUGUAUAAAUUUGUUGUAUCACCUGUAUGGUUUAAUAUAUCACUAUUUGUUGUAUUCUGAUCAUCCUUGCCAAUACAAUAAUGCGUCAUUUUUAAAUGAUUA